AUACAUACCCCAUUUUUAUAGGUUUUUGUCAGGAUUACUUCUGCUGCCAGAUAUUCUUUUAUCUCUUGUCUGAAAAAUAGCGACUUUUCUGGAAGAAUUCCUACUUCUGUAAUCAAAACUGCAGGGGAAAGGAUUCUUUUAUAAGAUCACGAUUGAGAUUAAAUUAUUAUCAGAUGACCUCUGCAUCACAGAAUUUUUAUAUAAGCUACAUCAUUCGUAUUGAAAGUAUUUUAAAGUCUGAGCGAGGAUGUUAUUUAUAACACGCAUAACGUUGAUUCUAUAAAUAUAUACAGAAUUAUUGCAAAAUAUAUCUUCUGAACUGACAUAUGUAGCAAAAUUUCUCUUCUUUAUUGUCUGGAAUACACAGAAAAUUAUAUUUGUAUUUGAAUUAAUCCUUUAACAUUUCAUCUGGGCAUAUCAAUCCCAAAUAUUCUACGCAUUCUAUGUUAAAAUUGCCCACAUCUCGCCUUUCACACACACCCUACAUUGUCAUUCUAAAAAUAAACAAUCACAUCAUUGAAAUCUGAACAUGAUAAGAUAAUGAAUGAUUAUUAAUAUGGCAGUUGCCAGCAUCUUCAAAUAUUAACAAAGAUUAUUAUUGAUGGAGAUAUAUCAGUAGAAAUAUUUGUUAAGAGCAAUAUCCAAAAGGAAGGAAAAUAUUUGUGUACUGUCACAAGAGAAAGGAAGAUUAUGGAAAAUGAAUUAUAUUGCAGUGAAGUUGAAUAUAAAAAAGAGUCUGAAGAAAUUGAUUUUCCUGAUGAGGAAAAGAAUAAAAAGAGAAAAAUAUAUGAUUGUAAUAUCUGUGGUAAACUAUUCUCUCAGAAAGCUAACUUAGUCACUCACCUACGUGUUCACACAGGAGAAAAGCCAUAUCAUUGCGAUACUUGUGGUAAAUCAUUUUCUCGGAAUGGUAAAUUGUCUCUUCAUAAGCGUAUUCACACAGGAGAAAAGCCAUAUCAUUGUGAUAUCUGUGGUAAAUCCUUCUCUGCAAAUUAUUACUUAACUACUCACAUACGUACUCAUACAGGGGAGAAGCCAUAUCAUUGUGAUAUCUGUGGUAGAUCCUUCUCUGAAAGUGGUAACUUAACUAAACACAAACUUGUCCAUACUGAAGAGAAGCCAUAUCAUUGCGACAUCUGUGGUAAAUCAUUUUCUCAAAAUGGUUCCUUGAUGCUUCACAAACGCAUUCAUACAGGAGAGAAGCCAUAUCAGUGUGAUAUCUGUGGUAAAUCCUUCUCUAAAACUGGGAGCUUAACUCAGCACAAGGUUGUUCAUACUGAAGAGAAGCUAUAUCAUUGCGACAUCUGUGGUAAAUCAUUUUCUCAAAAUGGUAACUUGAUUAAGCACAAGCUUAUUCAUACCGAAGAGAAGUCAUAUCAUUGUGAUAUCUGUGGUAAAUCAUUUUCUGAAAAUGGUAACUUAACUAGGCACAAACGACUUCAUUCAGGAGAGAAGCCACAUUAUUGCGAUGUCUGUGGUAAAUCAUUUUCUCAAAAUAGUACCUUGAAUCUUCACAAACGCAUUCAUACGGGAGAGAAGCCAUAUCAAUGUGAUAUCUGUGGUAAAUCCUUCUCUGAAAGUGGUAACUUAACUAAGCACAAACUUAUUCAUACUGAAGAGAAGCCAUAUCAUUGCGACAUCUGUGGUAAAUCAUUUUCUCAAAAUGGUAAUUUGACUUGCCACAAACGCAUUCAUGCAGGAGAGAAGCCAUAUCAUUGCGACAUCUGUGGUAAAUCAUUUUCUCAAAAUAUUAAUUUGACUUGCCACAAACGCAUUCAUACAGGAGAGAAGCCAUAUCAGUGUGAUAUCUGUGGUAAAUUCUUUGCUGGAAUUGAUUACUUAUCUAAGCACCUACGUGUUCAUACAGGAAAGAAGCCACAUGGCUGUGAUAUUUGUCGUGAAUCAUUCCUCGGAAAUAGUGACGUAACUAUUAACGAAUGUAUUCAUACGGAAGAGAAGCCAUAUCAGUGUGAUAUCUGUGGUAAAUCAUUCUCUGGAAGUAGUCAAAUUACUGCUCACAAGCGUGUUCAUACAGGAGAAAAGCCAUAUCAUUGUGAUAUCUGUGGUAAAUCAUUUUCUCAAAAUAGUCACCUGACUAGACACAAACGCAUUCAUACAAGAGAAGUCACAUUACUGUAAUACCUGUGGUAAAUCAUUUCCCAAAAUAGCACUUUAACUGGUCACAAACGUUUACAUACAGAGGAGAAGCCAUAUCAUUGUGACAUGUAGCAAAUGAUUUACUUAUAAAAGCAGCUUAACUACUCACAAGAGCAUUCACAUGACAGACAAACCAUUCCAGUGAUCGGUCAUCGUUCUUUUCAAGAGCAAAGGAACGCUUCUCAGUAAACAACUCCAGACUUGUUUUUUUUCACUUGCGAAUCAGUGGUCACGUCUACAAAUGAUGGUGUCCCUGAGUCUUCUGAAAGUGAUUCAGAAAACAAUUAUAAUAUAUUUUGUCUCUUCUAAAUGAUCUGGACAUUCUUUUUCCUUUAAAUAAAAUAUUCUUUACAUUCUA